UCUCUCUCUCCCCCCACUCUAGCAUGGUGGCAUGGCAUGCCAUGGCCCUCCUGUUCUGGCACCUCCAAGGUCCCGAAAUUGCUGCUCUGUCCUGCACUCCUCCCCACUCAUCCUUCCACUGAUCAUGUCGCCAACUGAUCGACGGUGAGACUCCUGUGUCAAGGUGUUGGUCGUAUUUUACAUGGACAGCGAUUCUAGACAAAUCUUGCACUUGCUUGCCGAGCUCCCACUACUAAUCACACUUCGACCAGCCAACUUAGUUCUUUCCUUCAGGUCACGGUGCUCUGCUAGACGUCGUCGACACAAAGAUACAUUCCUUCGCUAGUUAGUACGAUUCAUUUUCCGCGUCGUAUUGCUCUGCCUUGUCAAUUUCGGCCGUCCUGCAGCAUCGAUACUCGGUGUUUCGUUAAAAGUAGACAUGUCAACUCCAGAAGACUAUCAAUACCAAGACCACUCCCAUCCAAGCCAGUAUCAACAAUAUCACGCUCAGCCGAUCCAGCAGCAGCAGCAGCAGCAGCAGCAGCCAUAUACAGAUCAAUCGACACAGCAAGUUGCUUAUCAAGCACCGUCAGAUCAGCCGCACGAACAGAAUUACCAGCACCAGCAACCCCCGGCGACGGAUCGCGCAGGAGCUCAGGGUGCUGAUCAUCAGCAACAGUACAAUCAACAGCAGCCGUAUCAACAACAGCAAUAUCAGCAGCAGCAGCCAUAUCAGCAACAGCAGUAUCAACAGUCAGCUCCUGGCUAUUCGCAACAAGAACCUCCGCAACAGCAACAGUACCAGCAACCAGAGAGCCAAACCCAUCCUUACCAGCAGCAACAGCAGCAACAACCACAUCAACAAGAGCAGACAGUGCACGGAACUCAGUACGAUCUUCAACAGCAGCAGCAGCAGACAGCGCCUCCGCAGCAGCAGCAGCAGCAGCAAGGAGAGCCGCAGCAGCAGCAGGAGGAUGGGGGAGCACCCGUUCAACUGACUCCGGAUCAAAUGGCAGAGCUACUAGAGGAAAUGGCUCGUUUGGACACCAUGAAAGUCAUUCUAGAGCCAGGAAUCCUUCUGUCCGACCAAGGAACGAUCCUUAAUUUAGUUGCGAUUCGCUCCAAAGCCACCUCGACCACCUACACCCUUCCGGACAUGCUCGCGGAUCUGAACUCCAUAUGCGAGCCCUUUCUCAGCCGCGGGCCCGAGUACGCGGAGUACGGGAAGAAGUUUCUGGAAAGCGCCAACAACGCGAUCGUGGAAGCCGUCCAACGGGCCCAGAUGCUGGCCGCUGGAUACACUCUAGAGCAGGUGCAACAAGUGCAGUUGCAGCAGCAACAACAGCAGCAGCAGCCACAGUAUCAACAGCAGCAGCAGCAGCAGGAUCCGAGCAACGCCUACCGGCAACAACAGCAGCAGGGCACCCAAGCGGCGCCCUCACAGGCUAACAUGUACCAUCCACAGCAGCAGCAGCAACAGCAGCGGCAGCAGCAGCAAAGCGCUCAACGGCCAGUAGCUGCAGGUGGGAACAGUCACGGCGAAAACGGGUGGCUGGAGCUUGUAGGGGAGGAAGGCGUGGGGGAGAGUGGCGACGCUGCACCGCCUGCAGUGAAUGUUGCGACAAGCAAUGGCGGAAUCUCCGCCUCCAGUGCGCGGAUGGGGCAGAGCAAUCUCACAGGCGCCAGUAGCGGAUCCCGCGGAGGCAUGGGCGGAGGGGGAGCUGGGGGCGGAGUGUCGUCUGGCAAAGGCUCGAAGGGAGGUAGCGCUGGCGAGCGGAGGGUAGACGCGCCGAGGGUGCGGGUGGUCGGGAAGCGGUGUGAGGUGUGCGCGGUAAUAAAAAAGGCCGGGUGCGGCACAGACGCGGCUCAUUUCCGGUGCCUGAAGCGCAAGAAGCCGGAAAGCGUCCCUGCGAUAGAGCAGAACCUGGUGCGGCUGGGAGACGUGGGGGACGAGGAGAGAGUGACGGUGUGGAACCCUGCGGAAGGGCGGAAGCUGAGCGGCCAGGCGGCGCCCAUGAUGAAGAAUCUGGCUGGCUGGCUGGCGAACCACCCUGGCUGGGAAGCGCAUCCCAAAGGGUCUGCAGUCCCUAGUAACAAGAAGCUGAAGGAUGCGUCAUCUGAUCGAACUGGAGGCUCUCACGACUCUCUAGGGAAAAUGGGGCAACAUGGGCAACCAUUAAAUUCACAAAAGCCUCAGUUCCAUAAACUGCAGCAGCAGCAGCAGCAGCAACAUCAGCAUCCACCUCAGCAACAUCCGCAACGGCAAUACCAGCAGCAGCAGCAGCAGCAACAACAACAACAACAACAACAACAGCCGCAACAGUAUCAGAUGAAGCAGCAGCAGCCACCACUGCCACCACAGCAGCGACAGCAUCAAUAUCAACAGCAACACCAAUUUCAGGAACAGCAGCAGCAGCAGCAGCAACAACACCAAUAUCAGCAACAGCAGCAACACCAAUAUCAGCAGCAGCAGCAACACCAAUAUCAGCAGCAGCAGCAACCAUACCAAUAUCACCAGCAGCCACAGCAGCAGGCGCAACAGCAGUAUCAGCCGGUGCAGCAGGAGCAACAGCAGGCACAUCAUCCGCACCAAUACCAGCAGCAGCAGCAGCAGCAGCAGCAGCAACAAGGCUUGCAUCCCCAGCAUCCAGUCAGUCACCAUCAGCCACAGCAGAUCUCAAAUUUUUAGGCCCGCCUGAGGCCUGGAUGGCUUCUCAUUAGAUUCCUGGGGCUUGCACCUUUAGCUGUAAUUUCCCUAUUCCAUCGCAUCCGCUUUAUGCGAGGGCCCAUACACAGGCCCAUCUUCCUAGAUGGUAUUAGUGGAUGGAGGUGCUUGCGCCAAGAGAAGUCACGAAGUUGAUCAACCAUUAGAACACCAUUGUAGUGAUGAACUUAUGCUCAGUGAUUCGACCACCCAACCUA